AAAAGGAAAAAAAAAAAAAAAAAAAAAAAAAAAAAAAAAAGCAAGCAAAGUGAAGGAAGAGAUGGGAAACGCUAUGGGGAGUAAAAAAGCAAAGGUGAUGAAGAUAGACGGUGAAACGUUCAAGCUGAAGACUCCCGCUAGAGCGAACGACGUCGUUAAGGACUACCCGGGCCACGUUCUGCUGGACUCUCACGCGGUGAAACAUUUCGGGCCUCGGGCCAAGCCGCUGGAGCCGCACCACGAGCUGAGGCCCAAGAAGAUUUACUUUUUGGUGGAGCUGCCCAAGGUUCAGCCCGAACCGCUAGCGAGGAGGGUGCGGUCCAGUGGAAUCCGCGGCAUGAACGCCAAGGAUAGGCUCGAUUUCUUGAUGCUAUCCAAACGCUCCGUUUCGGACCUCACCAUGGUCAAACACGGGCCGGGCCCGGACGACAACGGCGCUGGCCCCACCAGAGUCAGAAUGAGGCUGCCCAAGGCCCAGCUCGAGAGGCUCAUGGAGGAGAGCCACGACGGGAGCGAGGUGGCGGAGAAGAUCAUAAGUUUGUACAUGGGGAACAAUGCCACCGCCGUGGACGGCGGCGCCACGGCGGAUGCCGGAAAGGAGGUUCAAAAUCACAAACCGCGAAGGAAACGGGUGAGUUUCAGCCCCAUGGAACAAGGAGAAAUUCAUGAAGAAACAGAACUUGUCUAUAGCAGUCCUUCUAGAUAGUCAUUUAUGCAGAAGCAAGCCAUUAUUGAAAUGUUAGGUGCUUAUGAAGAAAUUUAUUUUUGUCCUAAAAUUUGUAGCCUAUGUUGAUGUAGACUGUCUAUACAUUUAUACACUAGCAGUGCUCAGAUAAGAUGGAAUCAUUUCUUCAAUUUUA